AUGCGUCUCCGUACGAGAAUCAUGAACAAAUUGAAAGACAUCAGAGCUCUGAUACCACUCCCUUUUGCUCCUCUGUUCUACAGAAGAAGGAGAUUAUCUCAGAGAGGGAGCGAGGAAUCCGGAAGCCUAUGGCUGACUCUCCCUGGUCUGGGCGCAUCCGGAGUAGAGCUAGAACAUGAAAGCCCUGAGCCUCUCGUCCUCGUCGAACCACCUUGCCAAGUGGAACCAGAUUCAGUCUGCGAAGAAACGGAAACUAUCGUUAAUUCUGCAGAAACACCAGACUUGGACACAGGCAAUCCUGAGGCCGAAAUCCCCCCAGUUCCUCGUCGGAUUACAAAUUUACCCGUUGAACUUACGACGAUGAUUUUCUCAUAUUUUCCCGAUUGUUUUCUUGUUACUGUUGGACAAACUUGUCACCAUUUUUAUCAAAUUUGCUUGCGAGAACGUUUAAAGUCUUUUUCUAUUUAUACAUCAAAAGAUUCUGUUUUAUUGAAGAUAUUGGAGGAGCGAGAGGAUCUAAGAGCUGCUGUACGGAAUCUGAGAAUCGUAAUCGAACCACCGGAUAGCUGGCCCCUUAUAAGGAACCAAAAUGAAUACCUUCCUUACGUCAACAGCCAGCUUCUUCCCUGCUAUAUCUUCUGGUGCCUCCUUCCACCUUUCAACAAGCCUGAAGUCCAAAAUGCCAUCUCCAAACACUUUUUUGAUAACGUACGCCAUAUUGAAAUCAAGGGCGACGUUGAUCAUUUAAGGUCCUUCAUUGAGAUCAUAAACUGUUUAUCCGACCACAGGCCUCUGAGGCUCCGAAGCUUUUCUAUCAAGCUCGGAGAUACCUGGGACCAAGGAGACAUGGAAUUAACUCAAUCGGAGUUGGGACUCAUUCGAUACCCCGGAGGCCUAACACGCUUGCAGAUGCAUGUUAGCGACUGCUUAAGGCCGUUUAAUAUGCUCGUUGUCCUCGGAUUGUCUACUGAUACUCUGACUACGGUGGAUAUUACGACUUGUUACUUGAGGGAACGAUGUGACUUUGGUCAGUUGGUGGUCUGUCCGAAUGUCAAGGUUUUGAAGGUCACGAAGGAUCUCUACUAUGGCCAAUCGCGCGUGGAGAUUUUCGUCAGGAUGUUCCCGAAUGUGGAUACGCUGUAUUUGAAUCCAAAAAUGGUUAUCUAUGGGAGCGCUUGGGUUACCGCUGAUUACGUAUGGCCUGACCCGUGGCUACUUCAAUGGACAGCUAUGAAGAACGUCAAAACCAUUGAGAUUCAAAACGACGAUAGGUACACUCUGCCCAUGAACCUACAAUUCCAUCACGAUCUUCUCUUACAGAGGUUGGAAUACCUGAGGAGCUUGUGGAAGAGAGAUGGAAUGUCGAAUCUGGAAGUUUUACGCUGCAGUCGGAAGUGGCCGUACGAUCAAAGAGUCUUCAUGAGCACCACUGAAAAGAGUAGAUAUGUGGUUAUGUGGGAGAUUAGACUUGUUGAUUUGAAUGUUUGGGAUUAUAGCGGAUGUUGA